CUUACUAGUUCUUAGUCAUUGAAAUGGUUGAUAGAAGUCAUUGAGCUGUUGGUUUAAAAUAUAGGCUUAAAAUGAAGCUGAUUAUUCAUCAAGGUAUUUUUAAAAUAUAAGUAACUGGUAAAAUAUACCAUGAGUUCGUAUCAAAGCAAAGGUUUGGAAUGCCAAACGAGUUUUGAUGAAGAAAUAGCGCAUAACACUACACCAACAGAACAAUGCCAAGAUGAGAAAAUCAAACCUGAAGAAGUCGUCCAAUACACGAAUACUAUGAAACUUCAAGAUGAAGUAAUCGUCUUGAAAUUAGAUGACUAUGAAGAAAUUCCCAAUUGCACGACAAUUCCAAAGGAAGCCGAUGUUGAAAAAACCGAUGUCAGGGAUUUUAUUAAAGAGAUGAAGAUAUUGAAUUUGCAAGGUUGUGCGCUUGCUUUGGUCGAACACAAUGAAUACACAGAAGCUAGUAAAUACUUUCGAAAGCUGGAAAACUUGAAACCAAACCAAUCUGCUGAGAUUUACAAUAUGAUCUUACUUACUGAGUGCAACAUAAUGUGCGGUGAUUAUUACCUGGCAUGUAGCAAUAUAAAGAAUAUCGCCGAACUCCUGAAUUCUCAGCAUUUGUCCGCAUCGGAGGUUGAAAAGUUUGGAGUCACCUGCAAUCACGAAAAACAGUACGUCCGUGCAGUCGUCGUACAUUCCGCGGCAGUAAAACUUUGUCAGAUGACUGCUAACGUCAGCGAUUUAGUGGCUUUCAUGACGUCACAAGUGAAUCAGAUAACUGAUAUAGUUGAAGCAGGAGUCGUUGAACGAUGCGGGUAUAUUCAUAGAAUUACUUUACAUCACAUCAUCCCAUAUUUUCAAGAACUUAUUCACGAUUUGACAAAAAUUACAGCCGAAAAUCAGAAUGAAAUCGUUCUUUGGCACUCGGAGUGCUUGUUUUAUGUUGGUCUCUGCUAUACCCACUGCGAAUCAUACAACGAAAGCAUUGCGGUUCUCGAAUCUGCACUUUGUUUGAUGAACACGGAGAUGAACAACAAAUGUGAAAACUUCCGACUGUACGGUGGAUGUAUUAAACUUUUAGCAACUUUAUACGCAGAAAUAGGAAAGAAAGAAGUCGCAAUAGAAAAGUUCAAUGCGGCAAUACAUGCUUUUCAGAAAGCUACAGAUUGGAAAAAGUGUGAUGAGAAAAACAAAACAAUCGCGGAUACGAGAGAAAGCUUGUGGGAACUGGAAAAUAACACAACGAAGAAAAAGCUAUCAGUAGCCCAGAAGAUUGGAAAAUGGCUGAAUAAAAAGUGAUUCAAAUUGUAGUAAAGUUUCAUAUUAGUCCGCAUUU